ACCCGCCCCUGGCAACGGCGCGCGCUCCUGCCCAGACCCAGACACACACACACACACACACAGCUUAAUGUUUCAUUACGCACAGCCUUCAUCAGAGCGAUAAAACAGCGCCAUAACUUUUUUUCUUUCCACUUUUUCUUUUCUAUCGUUUGUCUCUAAAGACGCGACAGAACUCCAAUAACCGGCGCACGUGACUGUAGACGAGAGAAAUAUGAUUCAUGAUGUUCUCUCACGCGCUGUCAGUUGAGAAAGUCCAGCUCCAGACUUCCUGAAGACUUUCACAGUAUGACACCUCUGUCCCAUUGGUAUCUUUGCCUGAAGAAGAACUGAGGGAAAUGAAUGGGAAAGGCUGCAACCUCGUGGUCUCUCCCACCAGCAUGCCAAAGUCUCUGGGUGCCAUAACUGGGCAGCAGGUACCUCACAUCCGAGUGCAUGCUGGUAGUUCCCACUCUUCCUCUCAUCAGAGAACCCCAUGUCCUGGCAGUGAAAUGGGCACCGGAGCUGUGGCACCUGGGAGUACGGUGCUUCUACCUACUCUGAGCCUUCGCAGGCAAGUGCUGACCAAUGGGAAGCAUCAUGGCACCUUCAGCGUCCCACAAUCUUCGUGGCAACAAGUGUCUUCACUUCCUGUCCCACCUGGCAAUUCCAAUGCAGUGAGAUUAAAUGGCUCACAGAGUGGUUUCAAAGGUUCUCACUCACUGGAGACCAAUAGAAAGCUGCUGGGCGAGUAUGGCAGAUCAAACCUGCAAGUGACAAGCAGUGCUAUGGUUGUACAGAGUGUGAGUCCAGUGUCCACUAUCCAAACCUCUGCUUCGCACUGCCCUCCUCCUUCUCUGGGCCUUUUUGUGCCCUUCACAGAUGCCAGGUCUGUGUUGUCCAGAGAGUCCCUGGCUUCCACCACCCUCAGCAUUGCAGAGAGCCAGUCAAUACGCAGCAGCAAGUUGGACUGGCCCUAUGGCUAUCGUGUGCUGCCACCACUAGGUAGGCAGAGCAGCUUUAGCCAGACAGCUGAAGGUCCAGAACUUCUGAACCUCCCACCAGGUACUGCCAUGUCUGGAGCCACCAGUAGCUCCAAUCCAACUUCACUUCCUGCUUACCUGUUUAAGGAAGACAUCAACAGCCCCCGCCAAUCCAGCCGUUCCAAAAAAAGAGCCCUCUCCAUCUCACCUCUGUCUGAUGGUAUUGGCAUUGACUUAAACUCCAUUAUUCGGACAUCACCAACCUCUUUGGUGGCAUACAUAAUUGGUUCCCAAAGUUCUCCAGCCUCACAGCCUACUCCCUCACCACUACAGUCCGACGUAUGUGGGCAUCUCUUGGGAGUCCGGGGAAGCUGUAUCCCCAAUCCCAGCUUUGGUUACCCUGGUCCCAAAGUCAGUUCCACUCUUGGUCAGACCUUAACAAGCAAUCACCAUACUGAAAGAGUGAGUCUCUGCAUGCAGAGGUUAGAAGAACAGGGUGCACAUGACAGCCAAAUAGGAGGAACUAAUCUAGUAGUGGAGCAUCAGCUUCUGCCAGGACAGGAAAUUCUGAUAAGCAACAUUACAGCAGGAGAUAAUGCUCCUCAUAACAGUCUGGAAAGCACUACACACCUUCAAUUUGAAAUAUCAGCCAUUGUUAGGUCCCCAAGCCCACCUAGGGGACCUCCACCACCCUAUCACUCCCACCAUGUACACCGACUACCAGGUGGCCACCUGGGGUGCACUCACAAUCCCACAGACGCAUGCUCUACGCCUCCUACAGACAAACCUGGUGUUCUGCCCCUGGCUCUAUGCCCAAUGUUAGAGGAGGAAGAGGGGGAGCUUGAUGAUUUUAAUGGGGGACACUGUUGCCGUUGGUUGGAUUGUAGUGCCACAUACAGUCAUCAAGAGGAGCUGGUCAAGCACAUCGAGAAAGUACAUAUUGAUCAGCGCAAAGGAGAGGACUUCAUCUGCUUCUGGGCAGGGUGUCCACGCAGACACAAGCCUUUCAAUGCUCGUUACAAACUCCUAAUCCACAUGCGGGUACAUUCGGGGGAGAAACCUAACAGAUGUACGUUUGAAGGCUGUCAGAAGGCAUUCUCCCGCCUAGAGAACCUCAAAAUCCACCUACGGAGCCACACAGGAGAGAAACCGUACACGUGUCAGCACCCCGGCUGUCAGAAAGCCUUCAGCAACUCCAGCGAUCGCGCCAAGCACCAGCGCACGCAUGUUGACACAAAACCUUACGCGUGUCAGAUUCAAGGCUGCCAAAAACGUUACACCGAUCCCAGCUCUUUGCGAAAGCACAUCAAAUCACACUCCACCAAGGAGCAGCAGGCUAGGAAGAAGCUGAGAGCCAGCACUGAGAUCUACCAGGAUGGACUUUCUGAAUGUUUAACUAUCCAGCCUCUGCAGCACAACCUGUCACCUCUGGAGCUGAUAGAGAGCCAUUCUCCAUCUCUUCCUGCUGACAUGUACACAGGUGUGUUUUCCCUCGACCAGUCCAGCCAAAUGACUCCUGGUCAGGUUCCGCAUUCCGCCUGUGGCUCUCAUGUCCCAUUGUCUGCACUACCUCCAACUAACAGCAGGUUUGAUGCUUCUGUGGCACAGCACCCGACCCACCAGGCCACACCUUCAGUUCCUCAUUCGCACCACCACAUGGUGGCAGCACAAAAAAACAACAGACUUCCAGGAUACCCGGAGCACACCUCCGCAUCCCUCCCUCCUCCUCAGGACGGUUUCCCGGGUCAUGCCCAGACGGUGUGCUCGCCUUCAUACGCCGAGUCGCCGCAGACAGGAAAGCAGAUCUCUGCCUGUUCCAUGAUGCAGGUCCCUGUGUUCGAGGACAGUCUGGGUUCCUCAGGCACAGCUCAACAGGAACCUCAGCUGAUCCACCAAGCUCUGUCGAGCAUCGCAGAGUUUGAUCCACAGGGCAGAUCUGAGGAUUCUUUAGGUGAGCAGGAGCAUUCAGUGUCAGACGAUAACUACCUUCACAUACGUGCACCAAGCCGGGGCUCAUGCGUCUACACGGAGAGGUGAAAGACGGCCAGCUUUCAUCAUACAUAUAACUAUACUGAUGAUUUAUUACUGACCUUUUUGUAGUCUUUGAGUCAUGGGAUCAAAAAUGAACAAAAAAAAAUAAAUGAAUGUAUCAGAACACUCAUAACUGAAUUAAGUGAAUUACAGGCUUCUGUUCUGGAUUUUUUUUUUUUUUUUCAUAUUGCUAAGUUUUUAUACGUUGCAACUUUUGAAAUUGUUAUUUUUUAAUCUCAAUUCUCAGUCCUGUAAAACCUUAUUUGUGAUUUUGACACAGGAAGGCGAACACAAUACACACGCUGUGUGAGAACACUAGAAAACAUGGGCACCAAGCUAAAGCUAGCUGUUCACUGAGACUAGACGCAUAGCUAGUUAGCAUGUAGAAAUGAAGUCUUUUAUACUAACAACAGAAAGGGUAAUGACCAUAAAAACUAGACAAUACAUUUUGGAAUAUCAACAUUUCACUCAGCUUUUUUGGUAAAUUAAUGAGAAGAGGCUUCUCAGUGACUAAAAUUACACUAAUUACAUUUAGCAUCAACCGCUAACUGAAGUGCCAUGGGUUGCUCGCAGAAGAUGGAAAUGUUUAAUCAUGAAUACCACAGGAGCAGACUGUUUAAAAACCUGGUAAACAUGACCUCAUUUGAACGUAAGAUUAAUCUAAUUAUCUUCGAAAAAUAAGGUAUUCCUUGUAUGGAAAUAUAUAUAUAAAUAACAAAAGUGUCUCAGAGAUGAUCUGUCACAUUAAGAACUAAUCAAGUACGUAAUGAAGGCUUUAAACAUCACUAGUCUGUUUCUUUAAAGCUACAAUCAUGACAUUACCAGUACUGUUUGUUCUUUCUCAAACACUAGAAAAAAGAGGUUAAGGGCAUGUGGUUCAGCUAAACUACACUGAGAAACCCAUAAAUGCAAACGUCAACGGUGACAAAAUGAAAUUGCGUCUAAAAGCUCUAAUUACAAUGUUUUGCAUAACCAGUAGCAUUAGAGUCAAAACCUCCAUUAUCUUGGCUCAUAGUGUGGUAUAUCGGUUGCAUCUGGGAUAAAAGAAAGCAUUUAAAUGUGUAAUCAUCAAGAACGCGGGUGCACAACUGUGUCUUGUGAGGUCUUGUUUUGCUGAAGGGUAAUAUAGUUGGGUAAUUUUCACAUCACACCAUUCACUUGCACACCUUAUUAUGAGCCAAAUGGUCCGCUUGUUAUUCUGUGCUAGUGACCAGAAGUUGAUUUCAAAUCAUAUCAGAUGUUUGUGAAGAACUGAUUCAACCUUGAUGUUAGGACAUGGGGUAAAAAAAUAAAUUAAUUUUCCUUAAGUACUUCUGUACAACAAUAUCACAGGAAGUAGAUACUUUUUUGUGAUUCUUGUCAACAAGAACUGCUUGAAACAAAUUCAAUCAGUAGUUGCUGGGUUAUAUAGCAGUUUUUGAUAAUGAUGGUGAUGAUGAUGAUGAUGAUGGGUCUUUAGAGUUCUUCACAUGACUGCUUCAUAGUUCUGUCUUUAUCCAUGCACAAAAAGCACAAAUCCAUCAUGAAUAGCCAUUGCCUUCUAGUCUACAAUAAAUUUGAUCUUGCCUCAGCAAACCUUCCAUCAAAAAAAAAAAAAAAAAAAAAAAUUCUGAUUGUGAUUAUAAUACUGAGAACGUCUACUAUCUCACAUGUUUAUCUUACUUUUGUUAACAUUUGUAGCUCAUGCAAUUACAUGUUAGUAACAUACUGUAUAUGUAUUCAGCAAUUAUUCAGCCUGUUCCAGUAUCACAAAUUAAAAUCUAUUCAAGACUACAAACCAUA